UUGAAUUUGUUUGACAUGUUGGCACUUGCGCUCUGCGAGAGUAUUUUAAUAUUUGUUAAUGUUAAAUCAGAGGUUUUCCGUUGAAUUAUUUUGUAACACACUUAAAUAAAAGAAGCGAAAAUGGAUAUAACACCACUAUUCAAAGCUUGUAUAAAAACAGUAAAGACUCGGAAUAAAACAUUCGGUAUUCAAAGUCCUAGUAGUGAAGAUAAGCAACGAUUACAUAGAACAAAACCAAAAAGCGAAUUUACUUUAACCGCGCAAGAUAUUACUUGCCAAAUAACACGCUUAAGAGAUUUUUUAUUGGAGCAUAGAGAAAGAUAUCUGAGUUUCUUUAACAAUGAGACUGGCGAUGAGAUGAGUGAAGCUGAGAGAGACCAAAUCGAUACCGGUGCUCAGAGAAUUGUAAACACAUGUUCCCAUUUGCUAAAGGAAUUCAGAAAUGACAACCGUAAGCUAGCUGUGUCUCCACAAAUGAGGGAUUUUAUGGAUGCAGUAAUAGACUUAAUUGACAUGUACUUGAAAGCUGUUUGCAAAAUGCAUAGUGAACUUAAAGCUUUAAGAGUCAAACGAGCUAUAGAUAUUCGUAAGUUGUCGCGUCUCGAACCUCCUACAGUCAAGUCUACAGUUCGAAAUCGUUUUAACCCUAAACAAACUGAAGAAAAUAAUGAGGAGAGAGUUUAUAAUACGGUUGAGUCAGAUGAGCCCGAUUUGGUGAAGACUAAAAUGGAUUUAUCAGAGAGUGAAAUGGCUGUCAUGUCGGAUGAAGGUGAACUAGAUUCAGAAGAACUACAGAUGUUUGAAUCUGAAAAUGUUCAACUUUUAAACGAACUAAACAGUAUGACGGAGGAAGUAAGGCAAAUUGAGAGUAAAGUGCUGCAUAUUGCUGAAUUACAGGAAAUAUUCACUGAAAAGGUUCUUCAACAAGAACAGGAUAUAGACAGGAUAUCUAAUACAGUUGUGGGGGCAACAGAGAAUGUGAAAGAUGCCAAUGAACAAAUAAAACAAGCUAUACAAAGAAAUGCUGGACUGCGAGUUUACAUUCUAUUUUUCUUACUAGUCAUGUCUUUCACACUUUUAUUCUUAGAUUGGUAUAAUGAUUAAAGAAAUAAAAAUAUUUUUAAUAUUGAAAUAAAACAUAUAUUUGAUAUAACUGAA